GAGAGAGAGAGGGAGGGGGCGGAGGUGACGGCGAAGUGAAAGGCUCGUAUACUGUACAUGCAAGUACAGUCAGCUUGCAGCACACUCCCCUUAAUGCACAGAAAUACGCAUUGGACAUAGGACAGCUGCGACAGCGCUGGUUUCAAGCGCAAAUCGAGCACCAGCGUCAGUCUCUUGGGUGCAGACCCCAUCAAUACUACUGAAAUAAACCAGCAAAAAAAAAAAAGCCGGCGGUGAAAAUGACAUAAUGAAAGCAUAGAAUAAGAGCGGAUUGCUUAUUUAGUACUGUGCGUUUGUUUAAAAAAAAAAAGAAGAUAAGUCCCAUAAAAACGACACAGAAGAGGAAUGUGUACAAGAUUAGCACGACCCCCACAACAGAACGAGGCCAUAUUUACCUUAAAAUGAUCUGAGGGGAAAAACUAGAAGAGUCUCUUUAAGAUGACACGAACAGACCCACCUGACAUACUGGUGUCGACUGUGUAUCGAGACAUUAAAGUGAAUCUGACUUCUACCAACUCCAAGUCCUACUGCCAGUCCAAACAAUGUGAUCCCCACAUCCUGAGCAAGCUGGAGGAUAAUCAGAAAACGUUCAACAAAAGGCACUGUCGAAGCUUUGACUUCCUCGAGUCACUGGACGACCCCAAAGCUUUAAGUUCCUCGAUGGAGUACCCUUACAGGAGGACCGAGAGGCAGAUGUUGAACCCGGAGGCUGCCCGGAACUCUCUUGGGCAGCAGGCUCACCUCCGGUUCUCUUCCCCAGAUCUGUUCAACUCCAGACCCCCACCUCAGCAACCUGUGGAAGUCACCAGAGAUGUCGUGAGACCCGAUCUCAAGAGAAGGACCAGGUCCAGAAGUGCUCCCCGGGUGAAGACCACAUUCACGCCAGUGCCCCUUGAGGUGACUCCUCCGCCUGUCAGGAGGGGAAGGGAAGUACAACGGGCUGCGCUGCAUGACCCCCCGAGGAAGCCAGAGGCCUCCCCUCACAGGGAAGCCUCUUAUGCAGCCAGCCGGGCCAUGAUGAAUGAAGUCCACCCCAUCAAACUCCAGCCGCAGAGGGGAGACUCUAAACAAUACUCACCGCUGUUUGUGCCGGAGUCCUUUGAUGAGAACCAGCCAGGCAAACCGGCCACCAGCCCUCACGUCAAGUGCCGCAUGGAUAUCAAGCCAGACGAGGCUGUUCUCCAGCACGCUGCGAGAAACGUCAAGCCCCCGACACCCAGAGCAGAAGUGCCCUGGCAGAGAUACCCCAGCGGAGGCAGCAGGAGCCUUAUAUUGCCAAGUGGUCGGCAGGUCUCCAGGACACCCACCCCCAGUGACUCCUACAGUGGAGAUUACAAGCAGGUUUACCAGCAUCACAACACCAUGCCAUACGACUACAUCCCACAAGUGGACAUCCCUUUACAAAGGAUGCUUUCGCCCAGAGAGCAUAGGGAUUACCCCGGAAGGGAGCGCAAGGCUUAUUCCAGCCCCAAUGUGCCAACCAAAUUCUUUUAUACAGAGGAGCAUGGGAGGUAUCCCUCUCCAGCACCCCCUGCCAGAACUUUCUAUCAAGCGGAGCAUCAUAGUUACCCCAGCCAAAACUUUACCCCUAAAGCACAGUCCGGGCUUGAUCAAAGGACUCAUAUGGUCCACGCUGUACCUGCCCAACCAUUUUACACUGAAGAGCCAAGGCAAUAUCCCAUACCCGUGUACCCCAAACCUUAUUCCACGAACGAGCCACAGCACUACAUAGUCCAGACUGCCCCGUCUAGGACUUUUUAUGGUGAGGAUCCCAGAACGUACCCAGUUCAGUGCGUCCCAUCCAAGAUGUCCUACACUAAUGAACACAUUGUGACACCCCCUGAACAUCACAUUCCUUCAAGGGCUUAUUAUACUGAAAGCCGCGGGCAGUACCGCCGCCCCAGAAUGCCUCAGGCUCAUUUCAGCGAUUGGUACGGUCCUGAUCCGACCGGAUAUGCCACCCUCCACCCUUCAACACAGUACCCAACCCAGAGAUCCAGGCAAGAUCCCGUGCUUUCUCCCUGGUACGCCUCCCAUUGUUUGGACCAGCACAGGCUGGGGAUGGACACCCGGCACUAUUCCAGAUCCUGGGACAACAUCCUGAACCACAACAUCCAAAGGGAGCAGCCAGUGCAACGUGGCAGGAGCUACGAGAACCUUCUUGCCCAAGGAAAGCGUGCCUUGUCUCCAGAUGAAAGACGCCAGCCAGUGGUAGUCAACCUCUCCAGCUCCCCCAGGCGCUACGCAGCGCUUUCCCUGUCGGAAACCUCGCUCAUGGAUAAGGUCUGCACAGAAGGGGGACGGAACUCCCUCAGCAGGAUGUGGUUCGUAACCCCUGAGAUCACCAUCACAGACAAUGACAUCCGCCCCAGUUCUCUCAGCAAAACGGAGGGACGCUCUGCAAGCUGGGAUGUCCUGGACUCCGGCAGAGCCCCAAGUGCUUCUUACCAAGAACCACAUUCCUAUCAGGGGAAUCCUACCAAAGAGAAAACUCACAACAGCGCCUCCCUCCAGCAAAGUCUUGAGCAGCUGGAUGAACUCCUGGCAGACUUAGUCAUCGACUACAAGCCCCCACCCAGCAGGAGACCCAGCAAGGACUUGCUGGACCAGCUGAAGAAGCUGAUAAGCGAGGACAAUGCUGGUUCCUCAGCCAAAACAGACCCCAAUGGGAAUCCCGUCCCAUUAAAGAAGCAGCCCACUUCUACAAAGCUGACUCAUGAAGUCCACAAAGAACUGGACAGUGGCUGUGAUGUCCUCCAAAAGGACCCAGAUGAAGGCUCUCCGGACCAGAGCACAGACGAGGACGACACAAUGAUGUGCUCCAACAGCAAGUGUCGCCGGACAGAGACCUUAUUCAACGCCUGCCUCUACUUCAAGUCCUGCCACAGCUGCUACACCUACUACUGCUCCCGGAAUUGCCGGAGAGAGGACUGGGACUUCCACAAGGAAAACUGCCUUUACGGACGCAUUGGCAGCGUUUGCAGACACAUUCUCAGAAUCUGCCGGGAGAAUGCAGAGGUCCACAAAGCUUUCUCUCGCAUCACCAAGGUAGGAUUUCUGUCCCGCGGAAGGGGGGUCUUGUUCCUGGGUUUCCCCAGCCCCGGGUCGGCCGAUAACUUCCUGCAGUACGGACUGGAGAGCCUCCUCAUGUCCCCCACUUACCUCUCCCUGAGGGAGCUCGACGGCUACAGGGACAACCUGGGCGGCUACUGCAAGGAGCUGCAGGAAGCCGGGAAUGAGUACGACCCCAACGAAUGCUUCCUUUUGAAUGUAUCUAUAGCUGUGGGUGAAAAAGUGCCUAACAGGCCCUCUCCGAGAGUCCAAGUUCCGACUGUCAGGAAGUAUGCCAAGGUAGCCCUGGCCUCCUCCAGCCCGGAGAAGAAGAUCCUUAAAAAGGAGAGCGAGAUGGAGACCUUGAUCCUGACCCCACCCCCGGGGAUGGCAGACAUCGAUAAGGAAGGAGAGGAGGGAAGGAAAGCCAGGGAGAUCUGCUUCAUCAACAUCCAGCGAGAGCUGAGGACCAGGGGGGUCUUCCUACGCCAUGAGUACCCCAAAAUCUAUCAGCAGCUGUGCGAGUUUGUGGAGAGUAAUAAGAGAUUCACGCCUACCAGUAUCUACCCCAUCGACAAGCGGACUGGGAAGCAGUUCAUGUGUAUGAUCAUGGCUGCAUCUGAGCCCAGGACACUGGACUGGGUAGGAACUCCCAACCUCCUGGAUGACAUUAUCUGAUCAAGUUCACCUUUGAUGUUAAAAAUAUAUCUAUAUUGUUAUAUAUCUCUUAACAUGAAGCCUAUUUAUUAUAUAUGUUUGUAGAUAUGUAUUUUGCUAUGGAGAAAAAAAGGUAUAGUACUGUACAUGUUUGCCUAGUCAGCAUUAUUUAUAAUAGGUAUUUAUAAUAGGAUACUAUUGUCAGUCAAAAUGCAGAACAAAAGUACAGUAUUUAUUGUAGUUUCAAAGCUGGUUCAUAAGGCAAUAGGAUCAUUCAUAUACCCCACUGUGCUGUGGUACUAGUGCUGUCUUGAAUUUCUCUGUCUCUUACUGCCAAGGCUAAGGAGACCCUGGACUGUAGGGUUGUCUUAUUAAAAGACACUGAUGGUACACGUCUUUCAAAGAGAUAUCACAGAAUAAUACCCGAGAUCGACUAAAUAAAACAAUGGUAAUGCUUUAAAAUAUAAUAGUCGCAAGUACCUAUGAAUUUCUUCAGAAUGAAUGUACGGUAAAUGGUCUGAUGCUGUACCUGUAAAAAUCAUGUUAUUGCACUGUUUCUUUGUUUGUUUUUAAGUGUAUAUUUUUUAUAUGAUUAUGAAAUUGCCAAUAUAUAUUUGUUUUCGUUUUCUCAUCAUCCAAUAUAGAACUCUAAGCCAAACUAUCUGUCCUGAGGUUAGGUUAGGGUAGUCCUCCCUGUCUCUAAGCAAGACGUAUUUCUGACGAGCCUGUAACUGUCAUCCUACCAUAACAUGGCAGAGAUUUGGAUUAACAAGCGUCCACUGACAGCACAGCGAAAGCAGAGCCGAAUGACUGAUCAGGCUGGAGUCAAACUCAGAGCAGAAGCAGCACUUAACUGACUUAAUUAAAUCCAAGACCUUAAACGAGGAGAAACACAUGUCAUGUCAUAGCUAGAACUAAAGAACACAUCCAGUGGGCUUGGAGAGAACUGUCUUCCUCGCUAGUAUAAAAACCUAGCCAUGUACUAGUUACCCUGUAGUUAUCGCAGAAGUGAACAGAUAGACUAGAUUGCCAAAAAUGAGUGCACUAGAGCGGCCAUUUUGAAAAGAGCUUUGAAACAGACUUUAAAAGCACAGGUGUAAAAAGUUGUCAGGAUGUGAAUGAAAAGAUCAAAUGCAGGUGCGUUAUUUAAGCAGCUGUAGCAGCACGUGGGGACGGGGAACUCUGUAUUUUUUUGGAACCUCGCUACUUCUUUAAUUGCCAGCACCUCAAGGACAAUCCUAAAACUUCAUAUUUGUUUAUAAGAUUUUCAUUUUGUGUAUUUGGAGGAGAGUAGGAUUUCGACAUGCCUUUUAUUGUUACAGUUCUCUUGUGAUGGGCAGCUGAUCUUUUUUCAAAGCAGGCUAACAGAUCAUGGUGAGCGGUGCUUACUAAUGGAGUAUUACUUUGAUGCCAAACUGUUGUGGCCCGUGGUUUAUAUUCAAACCAAGGAAAUCAGUAAAGUAUUUUUCUUUCCAUUUUUCUCACUUCUUUCCUUUUAAACUGCACAUGUGAAGAGUAUAAAAUAUUAAUAAUUAUGAUAAUUAAUGCUGUUUCCCAGUUCAUUAACUGUGGACGAUGGUUCAGUGCAGUGAACUGCGUCACUGAUGCUUUUAAAUCAUGGCCUCUUUCAGGUUCUCUUGCCUCAUAACAAAUUCUAUGUACAGAUGGGAUUGAAGAUUCUAUUGAAUGCAUGUUAUUUAUAUUUGAUUAUGUAUGAUUUUAUUAUAAUGCAAAAAAAAGGUCUGCUUGAUUUAUUAUUUUAAAAGUUGAUUCUGGAUAUCAAAUAAUAUUAAUAAUAAUAAUAAUAAUAAUAAUAAUAAUAAUAAUAAUAAUAAUAAUAAUAAUAAUAAUAAUUCUGUAUUUUAUGGCAUUUUGAUUGUAUUGGCUUCAUGCGCUGUAAAUGGAAAGGAACACAUCUCUAGAAGUUCUUCUGAUGUUUCGUGUGACAAAUCAACAGUCCGAGCAGAAGAGAUCUGGAACUUAAUCGUCACUUGCUGUAUUUUCUAUUUGAUUUAGUCUGAACUGUGUGCUAUUUAUAAUGCAUAUUUAAUAAAUGAACUGGAUUCAAAACCAAA